CGCCAGGCCUCGUCUCUCUCAUCUCUACUUUGCUGGCCUGGGACUGAGUCUGAUACCCUUACUAUAUACGCAUCGCCGACAACAGUACUGGCGGCCAUGGAGGUCCUUCGGCCGGACACCAGCAUCCGGAAUGAGGGCCGCUGUGCCAUGCGCGGGUCUUGUGGACCCAAGGUCGUCUUCGGCAAGCCCCUGCCAUGUCCUUACGACGGACCCCCGACAGAAGAUGACGUUGACCGCGACCUCCUCGUCAACCUCUGCGGGGCGGACUUCGCCCAAGGACCAACCUGCUGCACAACUGACCAGCUCGAAACUCUGCGCGAUAACCUUGGCCUUGCCGAGAACCUCAUCUCUUCCUGUCCUGCGUGCCGCAACAACUUCCGCAAAUUCUGGUGCUCCUUCACAUGCUCGCCUGACCAGGCCUCCUUCAUCAAUAUCACUUCUACCCAAAUAUCCCAGACGGGCAAGACCGCAGUGCAGACGGCGGAUUUUUUCGUGUCGGAGGAGUUUGGAAAUGGGUUUUAUGAUAGCUGCAAGGAGAUCAAAAUGGGCGCAACGAACGGGUACGCCAUGGAUCUCCUGGGUGGUGGCGCGAAAGACUACCAUGAAUUCUUCAAGUUCAUGGGAGAGGAGAAGGAUAUGGGUAGCCCAUUCACAAUCAACUUCCCUCCUUCACCUCCUCCGCCCGAAUUUUCCUCGCUCAACGCGACCGUGCGGAAUUGCUACGACGGCGAUUUGGGCAGCAGAUGUACCUGCAUUGACUGCGAACAAGUCUGCCAAGCACUCCCUCCAGUCUCUCCGCCGGGUGCCGAGUCAACAUGCCAUGUUGGUCCCUUCUCUUGCCUUUCCUUUGUCCUGCUGCUUGCGUAUGCUGUCGCGGUCGUGUCGUUUAUCCUUGGUUACGGUCUCGAAGUGACCCUCCGCCGACGACGCGAGAAGUCGUACGAGCGGGUCGCCCUGUCCACAGACGCGGACUCGCAACACCUUGUUUCCCCUCGGACCCAUGCACGCGGACUCGUAGGCGCAUCGUCACUUGCACAGUAUCUCGACGGAGAGGACUCGACAGGCACACAGUCCGAGUCCCGUCGUUUGGGGCGCGGCGCGUCCCUCCUCGACCCCAUCGAGACCGUCCAACCCCGUCACUAUCGGCUGAACAACAUUCUCCGUCGCUUCUUCUACAAGCUCGGCCUGUUCACGUCCACAUACCCGUGGCUCAACUUCGCGCUCGUGUUCACGUUCAUUGCGUUGUUGAACCUUGGCUGGAAGCGCUUUGACGUCGAGACGGACCCUGUGCGUCUCUGGGUUGCGCCGGAUUCGGAGAGCAAACUGCAGAAGGAGUAUUUCGACGAGCAUUUUGGACCGUUCUACCGUGUCGAGCAAGUAUUCGUCACCUCUGCGAACGCUCCCUCCCCGGAAGACAAGGACCCGGUGCUCUCCUGGGACCAUCUGCAGUACUGGGCGGACGUGGAGGAGGACAUCCGGAGUUUGCGCUCUACUCCCAACGGGUAUACUCUGGACGAUGUGUGUCUCAAGCCAGCAGGUCCAGAUGGCUUCUGUGUUGUGCAAUCUGUGAUGGCAUGGUUUGGGAACGACCUAUAUUCCUACGACCCGGACACCUGGGCGGACCGCCUGGUCAGCUGCGCCCAGCAGCCGGUCAACUGUCUUCCCGACUUCCAGCAGCCACUCGCGCCUCAAAUGGUUUUGGGCGCCGUUCCCGAGGACGACAAGGGCAAGAAGCAAUACUUGGACGCGAAGGCGUUGGUGGUCACAUAUGUAGUCCCGGAUUCGUUGAACAAGACCGAGCAGGCGAAGGCGAUGGAGUGGGAGUACGCUCUCCGCGGAUACCUUGAGGACCUCGGCAACAAGGUUCCUGGAGAGGCUGGCCUUGAGAUUGCCUGGUCCACGGGCAUCUCGCUCGAGGAAGAGAUCAAUAAGAGCACGAACACGGACAUCAAGAUCGUCGUCCUCUCCUACCUCGCUAUGUUCUUCUACGUCGCCCUGACCCUCGGCAACGGCUCCGGAUUCCGCGACGAAGAGGGCCUCUGGACGUCCCUCCGGCAGUGGGCGACCAACUUCCCCAAGUUCUUCUCCCAGCCCUCCGCCUCGUCCGCCGUCUCGCUCGAUUCCCGCCUCGCGCCCACGCUCUUCCCCCGCCUCCCCCGCUCGCCCUUCGUCGGCUCCAAGUUCACUCUGGGGCUUUUCGGCAUCGCGCUCGUCGUCCUCUCCGUCUCGUCCUCCGUCGGGCUCUUCUCCAUCCUAGGGGUUAAGUGCACGCUCAUCAUCGCCGAGGUCAUCCCCUUCCUCGUGCUCGCCGUGGGCGUCGACAACGUCUUCAUCCUCGUCCACGAGCUCGACCGCCAGAACCUCCUCCACGGCCCCAACGCCGGCCCCGCGUCCCUCACCCCAGUAUGGGCGUACUCGGACCAUACACCCAUGAGCCCCACGCAGUCGCGCACGCGGUCCGGGCUCGAGUUCGAGCAGGACGGCGCCGAGCAUGGACGCGACACGUCGCUCGACGUCGGGUCGGCCCCGCAGUACCUCGGGCCUGAGGAGAGGGUGGCAAGGACGCUGGCAAAGAUGGGCCCGUCGAUCCUGUUGAGCACGGUCACGGAGACGACGGCGUUCGCGCUGGGCGCGCUGGUGCCGAUGCCGGCUGUGCGGAACUUUGCGCUGUAUGCGGCGGGCAGCGUGUUUCUGAACGCGCUGCUGCAGGUGACGGUGUUCGUGAGUGCGCUCGUGGUGGACUUGAAGCGAGUUGAGGCGAGCCGGGUGGAUUGCUUCCCCUGUGUACGGCUACCUCCUCGGAUUGCCCUCCUCGAGGCGCCACCAUCGGGCAGCGGCCUUGGCUUCCUAGCCCGAGUCAUCCGGAAAUACUACGCUCCUCUUCUGCUCAAGCCAUUGGCUAAGGGCGUGGUUCUUCUGACGUUUGGUGGUAUGCUUGUUGCUUCCGUCAUUUCCAUCCAGCACAUAAAGCUUGGAUUCGACCAGCGCCUUGCAUUCCCGUCGGAUUCAUACCUCAUUCCGUACUUUGACAGCGUCGACGCAUACCUGGACAUCGGACCCCCUGUAUACUUCGUCGUCCACGACGUCGACGUCACCCAGCGCCCGGGCCAGCAGCAGCUCUGCGGCCGCUUCACGACCUGUGCGCCGUUCUCCGUCGCCAGCACGCUCGAGCUCGAGCGCAACCGCACCGAAGUCUCGUACAUCUCGCAGCCCGCCGCGUCUUGGAUCGACGACUUCUUCAACUGGCUCGACCCGAACAAGGACAAGUGUUGCCGCGUCCGCAAGAACGACCCCUCGACGUUCUGCGACUCCGGCGAGUCCCCGCGCCGCUGCCACGUCUGCUACGAGGACCACGAGCCGGCGUGGAACAUCACGAUGAACGGCUUGCCGGAGGGCGACGAGUUCAUGCUGUACCUCCGUCAGUGGCUUGUCUCGCCCACGAACGAAGACUGCUCUGUGGCGGGCAAGGCAUCCUUUGGGGACGCUCUUGCGCUGUCCGAGGACGGCUCGGCGGUCGUCGCGUCGCACUUCCGCACGUUCCAUAGCCCGCUCAAGUCUCAGGCGGACCUGAUCAACUCGUUUGCCGCGGCGCAGCGCGUCGCGGAUGACCUGAGUGCCGCCACCGGCGCGACAGUCUUCCCUUACUCGCUCCACUACGUCUUCUUCGACCAGUUCGCGCAUAUUAUCCCCAUUACCGAGCAGAUCCUCGGCCUGGGUCUCGCUGCAGUGUUGCUCGUCACCGCGCUCCUGCUGGGCUCGUGGCGCACGGGCACGAUCGUCACGAGCGUCGUCGCGCUCACGGUCGUGAACGUCGUGGGUGUCAUGGGCAUAUGGGGAAUCGACCUGAACGCGAUCAGUCUGGUUAACCUGGUGAUCUCGCUGGGCAUUGCGGUGGAGUUCUGCGCGCACGUCGCGAGGGCGUUCAUGAGCGCGGGCUCUGGGCUGCCCGUCGAUCAUCCUGCCGGCCAGAAGGAGCGCGACGAGCGGAUGUGGCUCGCUCUCGUGGAUGUUGGCCCUUCGGUUUUGUCUGGGAUCACGUUCACGAAGUUGAUUGGGAUGUGUGUCCUUGCUCUCACCCGCUCGAAGUUCUUGGAGAUCUACUAUUUCCGCAUGUGGCUUAGCCUCAUCAUCUCUGGCGCGUUGCAUGGGCUGGUUCUUCUCCCUGUUGUACUCAGUUUGGCUGGCGGUUCUGGCUUCCCCCAGCAAGAAGCCGACGAGGAGUGGAUGUCUCAUGCUAUCCGCAACGAUUACGAAUAUACGCCUUUUCUCGCUGAUGACGACUCUAACAUGAGUGAUUGAUCAUACUUCACUAGAUAAUAUGUACAUUUAGCAUAGCGCAAGGAUAUAGUGGACAAUAUCUUCACAAUGAGAUUUUUUGUACGAGCGACUACAUAGACAUAGAGCGAAGCGUAUUCAGCAACAGAAGCGGUGAUAGUCCCAAGAUGCAGCUUCAGUCCCUGGGCGACCUGGAUCUGCUAUCCCGAAUGUCGUCGCGACUGUAGCUUCGGCGAGCUCGACUGGGGGACCGAGAGCGGCUCCUGCUACGAGAGUAGGCAGACGAAGAGUAGUACGAGCGGGUAGGAGAGCGUGAGCGCGAGCGAGGCGUGAGGGAGCGAGUGCGUGACCGGCUCGAUGCGACAGAGUAGCUCCUGGAGCGUCUACCGUAACCAGUUCCUCCGCGCUCGUAGCUUGGUGACCGUCUCCUGGGGGCAAGACGGUCUACGCCGCGGCGAGGGGGUGAGCGAGACCGUGUGCGGGAGCGGGAGUAGCGGCGGUAUGGCGGCGGAGGAGGAGGUGGUCUGCGACCUGGGGGUAGGCGUCGGAAGUUGUCGUUGUAGCGUCCGCCAAAGCCACCACGACGCCCACCGCCGCGAGGAGGUGGAGAGCGCGAACGGGAGGGAGAGCGAGAUAUAGACUUCGGCCCACGACCGUAGCGGGGACGAGGUAGUGGGCGGGGUGACCGCGAACGGGACCGCGAGUGAGAGCGGACGGGAAGUUCGGAGAGCUCAACCUUUAGUAUCGCGCCAUCGAGCUGGCCACCAUCCAUGUGAGAGACAGCUUUGUGUGCGGAUGCGGGGUCGAGGAACUCGAGGGCAGCCUUGCCUCUAUUUUGCCCGGAUUUGCCGUACACGGGAAGGUCUACCUUGACUAUCUCUCCGUAAUAUCCGAAUAUUGUCUGCAGGUGGGACUCGACGACAUUGCGGGUGAGAUUUGUGACAAUGACUACUUUAGCAUUCGAAUUUGCUCGUGGCGACCCGUCCAUGUCGACAUCUUCAUCCCUGAGAGGACGCGGGGAAAGAGACCUGCCGCGCGUAGACAUGCCAAUUUUAGCUGAGUACAGAACCAGAUGAGGUGCAGUGGAAGGCAG